AGAAGAAGCAGCAUCUGGAGGGGGAUUGACUUUCUGUUUGGUUCUGAUUGGCAAUGCACUUACGAACAAUUAAAUAAUCUGGAAUUUUUUUGUAUGACAGAUAUGCACCGCUACACUGCAAGGUUUGUUGAGCGGCACUGGCAGCGUUCAGUCUGCCGUAUGAGUUCUGUUGCAGGGAAGAGGAGAGCCCUGCCGAGUGCCUUCCCUGUGCUGGACCUGCCCCUUCUGCCCAUCCACAAACACAUUUAUGAAGCAAACCUCAGAAAUAGCAACGCCUGGUGUAAGAAGUACACAGAGUUUAGUGAGAAGGUGAUGGAAGGGGGAGGGGAGAGGGCCAUAGCCAGACACACUCAGAGAAACAGGAAGUUGCUGGUUAGAGACAGGCUUCGCCUCCUAUUGGAUGACGAGGACUUCCUGGAGCUGUCACCAUUUGCUGGUUUGGGUCUUCCAUACGGGGACAUACCUUCAGCUGGCAGUAUGACUGGCAUCGGCAGGAUCAAUGGCCUGUGGUGUGUGUUUGUUGCCAGUGACGCUACGGUGAAAGGAGGCACAUCGUAUCCUAUCACAGUAAAGAAGAAUCUCCGAGCGCAGGAAAUAGCAAUCAAAAAUCGCUUGCCUUGCGUCUACCUGGUCGACUCCGGAGGAGCGUUCCUGCCACUGCAGUCAGAGAUUUUUCCUGAUAAGAAUCACGGAGGAAGGACGUUUUACAAUGAAGCCAUCAUGUCUGCCAUGAAGAUCCCCCAGGUAGCUGUUGUGUGCGGGUCAUGCACGGCGGGUGGAGCUUACAUCCCCACUAUGGCGGAGGAAGCUGUAAUGGUGCACAGAAUAGGAACCAUAUUCCUGGGCGGACCGCCGCUUGUGAAAGCUGCUACUGGAGAGGAAGUGACGCCAGAGGACCUGGGAGGGGCCAGGCUCCAUGCUGAAGUGAGUGGCUGCGUGGAUCACUUUGCCUGGGAGGAGAAAGAGGCUUUUGAUUACACUAGAAACAUUAUAUCAACCCUCAACUUCCUGCUGCCUGAGGAAGAGGAGGAGACAAAGAAGAGGAACGCAGAGGAGGAGCCACUGCACAGUCUGGAAGAGCUUUUAGGGCUCGCCCCUAAGAGUUACAACUACAGCCUGGAUGUUAAGAUGGUAGUCAGUCGACUGGUAGAUGGGAGCCGCUUUCUGGAAUUUAAAGCUCGCUAUGGAACCUCACUCGUCACUGGCUUUGCAAAGAUACAUGGUCACCUAGUUGGAAUUUUAGCGAAUGAUGGACAGCUGUCAUAUGAGGCGGCACUGAAAGGAAGCCAUUUUGUCCAGUUGUGCAACCAGAGAGACGUCCCACUCCUCUUCCUCCAGAACACGGCACCCACUGCAGCACUGACACUGUCCACAAAACAGGCAGAGAUGAACAGUAACCAUCUAAAAGCUCAGGGUUCAAUGAUGUCAGCAGUAGCAUCUGCCUCCGUCCCCAAGAUCACUGUGGUGAUUGGUGGUUGCCAUGGUGCAGACAGCUACGCUAUGUGUGGCCGAGCGUUUGAUCCUAAUUUCUUGUUCCUGUGGCCCAACGCCAAAGUUUCUAUUGCCUCUCCGGGUCACAUUGGCUCUCUGCUUCCCCUUGAUGGUGAGCAAGAAGAAGAGCAGAAGAAGCAGGAAGAGGAACUAAACAGGAUGUUGGUGAAGGAGAGUUCAGCUUUCUUCUCCUCCAGCAGGAUGUGGGAUGAUGGAGUCAUUCUGCCGCAGAACACCCGGAAGGUUCUUAGAGACGUCUUGGACAUCAUCAAACAGCAGCGGUAUCAGCUGUCUACAGAGACUCUGCAAUCGAUACCUCUGCGUAUGUAGAGGCUUCUGUCCCCGUCAAACAUUUAACUGCUCCUUUUGGACUCACAUCAAUCCCUUUUUCACUUGUAAUGGAAGAAGCUUCUCCGUAAAUUUGUUGAGGUCUCCACGGCAAAUAUGUAAUCAAUCCUGUGUACUGUAAAUGUAGGCGCUAGGUCAAACCACUGUGGAGAGAGGGAUUAAAAAAUUCUGCACAGUUCCUCAUCAGGUUUUGAUUGUCAGCACUUUCAGACCAAGUUGCAGAGCAAAACAUUCCUCUGGGAUGUUUACACACAGCAGCCUAGUGGUGGGUCGUUCCUGACUCAGAAUGCCUGACAGCGAGUUAAUCUACAAGCGAUUCAUUCAGUUCAUGUGUUUUUUCUUUACAACACAAAGCAUGAACAGCAGUGCAUUGGCUUCUUUUACCUGUAGCCUUACACGUAAAAGAAUGAUUUCCAGUUUCUUCCUCACAGUGAGGAUUAAUGCUUAUUAAUUUAACAUGAGUAUCACUUUAGUACUUAAGCCAUGUAUCUGCAUUGGAUCAGAACUGGAAAUGUCGGAUCAGUGCAGCCUGUGUUUUGGUUUUAAAUUAGUUCAGGAAACAUCUCAAGGAAAUCUCAUCCGAUUUUCAUAGUUUAU